GGUUUUUUUUUAUGUUGUAUUAUGAAUAAAAUAGGGGUAUAUGAAAUUUCAAAAUCAUCGCAUUCUAUUUUUGUUUACAUUUUGCACAACAUGCAUUCAGGAAAUGGGGUAACAUAAAUAUAUAAAUAUAAAUGUCUACAUAACUAUUUAAAUACAUAUUAGACAUCUCAGGCCAGGAGACCAGUUGUUUUCAGCCAAACAGAAAACAAAGAAUGACACUGGAAAAAUAUGUGUGAAAAAGGUUUCAAAUGAAACAGGAUGAAUGGGUCCACCUACAUGUUCAUUUCACAGAAGUCUCAAGGUCAAUUUCUUCUGUCUGAAACUUGUAUUAUUAUAGAACCUGCCAAUGGAGCUGUUAUCAGAAGAGAAAAACACAGAGUAUGUCUGGAUAGAUUCAAGUUUGAAGGCUAACUAAAUGAAACUGAAAAUGCACAUUUUGUAUGUUUAGCCACUUUAUCACUGAUUGAAUGAGUUUGAUUGAUUUAAUCAAUGUGUCAGCAUGCUUCAGGAAAGAAUACUGAAAAUACAGAAAGAACACUGAUGGUCAAGGUCAGUUUAGUUGUCUUCAUGGGUCAGACCACAACUGACCCAUCAAGGAAAAAAUUUUUAAAUUCCUCAGAAAAUAGCAACGUAUGAAUCAGAAGCAUUUUUCUUUAUUCAUUUGAAAAAUGAAAAGGACUCGUCUAUGAGAAAUAAGCCUCAAGAUUUUCUAUUUGUCCUGCAUUUCUCACAUUCAGUGUUUCAUACAUGUCUUUAUAAAAAUCACAUAGUUUUGUCCAGCACCCCCUCCAACAAAUCAUUUGGAUCCCCGCUUUUUCAGAAAUGACACAUACCUCUGAAAUGUAACAUAAUGUGUAAAAAAUGUUGAGCUGAGAAGACUUCACAGUGAAUGGAUUUAUCCUCACAAAUAGUGUGGUCGGACACGGAUCAAAACACGCUUGGACACACUGCAGUAUUCAGCUACACAGGUAUGACUGUGGUUCUGUAUCUACUAAUAAUAAUGGAAGUAGUUGAAUGGACCGAAAAUUCUUUGUUUACAAAUUUGUGAAACCUAUCUUAAUACUUAAGACUUUAUUUUGUUUGUACAUAUUAUACCAUUGCUGCACUUUAGGGUUAUUUGUGAAUGAGACAGGAGUAUGUGUAGUUUUUAGAUACUAGCUCUGAAGCACUUAUUUUAGAUAUUGUUAAUAAUUUGACAAUAAAAACAUCUGCUAAGAUUAGAUAAAUUCCGUUAUGUUGACAGUAUCCUUUGAUGGUAUAUUCUGUUUUCCUUUUUUAUAUGUAUCUGUUAAUGUUGCUUUAUCUUAAACAAUCAUUCCAAUAAAUAUAUAUCUUUAUUAACAGGAUGUCUGGUGCAAUGAUAGUGUCAUUCCUUCAGAGCCUUUCGCGUAGGAAGCCUCUGGAGCCUGAGGGUGAGGUGUCUAACUUCAAGCGGUGCCUGACCACCCUGGACCUGGUGGCUCUGGGGGUGGGCAGCACACUUGGAGCCGGAGUUUACGUUCUGUCUGGAGAAGUGGCCAGAGCCGUGGCUGGGCCGAGUAUCAUCAUCUCCUUCCUGAUUGCAGCUAUAGCUUCCAUCUUUGCAGGAUUGUGCUAUGCUGAAUUUGGAGCUCGUGUUCCCAAAACGGGGUCUGCUUAUCUCUACAGCUACGUGACUGUGGGAGAGAUUUGGGCUUUUAUUACUGGCUGGAACUUGCUGCUGUCUUAUGUCAUCGGGACAUCAAGUGUAGCCAGAGCUUGGAGUGGAACCUUUGAUGACCUUAUUGGAAAUGUCAUUGCUAACUCCCUGGGGAAACAAGCUGCAAUGGAUCUACCUGGACUAGCUCCCUACCCAGACUUCUUUGCAGCCGGUCUCAUUAUGCUCUUGGCAGGUAUUCUUGCAUUUGGUGUGAAAGAGUCAGCCAUCGUAAAUAAGAUUUUUACAGCAAUCAACAUCCUGGUGCUGCUGUUUGUUGUCUUCUCUGGAUUCAUAAAAGGGGACCUUAACAACUGGUACAUUGGAAAAGAUGCCAUAGAUGCAUAUGAAAACCACACAUCAGUCAAUGUAACUACCAGCUAUGGCAGUGGGGGUUUCUUUCCUUUUGGCCUUGAGGGGACGUUAGCAGGAGCAGCAACUUGUUUUUAUGCAUUUGUAGGAUUUGACUGCAUUGCCACAACAGGAGAGGAGGUCCAAAACCCCCAGAAGUCAAUCCCACUUGGCAUCGUGGCAUCCCUCCUCAUUUGCUUCCUGGCGUAUUUUGGCGUGUCUGCAGCCUUGACUCUUAUGAUGCCGUACUAUUUACUCAGUGUUCACAGCCCACUGCCUGUGGCCUUUACAUACAUUGGUUGGGGCCCUGCCAAGUAUGCAGUGGCUGUAGGGUCCCUCUGUGCACUGUCAACAAGUCUACUUGGAUCGAUGUUCCCGAUGCCCCGUGUCCUCUUUGCAAUGGCCAGAGACGGACUUCUCUUCAAACCACUCAGUAAAAUGAGUGACAGACAAAGUCCUGUAAUAGCGACGCUGGUUUCAGGGGCUGUAGCAGCCAUCAUGGCGUUAGUGUUUGACCUGAAGGCGCUGGUUGACAUGAUGUCCAUUGGAACUCUCUUUGCCUACACACUUGUUGCAAUAUGUAUUCUCAUAUUAAGGUACCAACCAGAGCACGGAGAGGAUUCAAGUUCCAAUAAAACAGAAAUGUUCACAGUUCGUGGGGUAUUAUGUCCUCCUCCACAAACCACCACAAGAACAUCAAAAAAUGUUUCUGUUUUAACGAUUUUGAUGAUCUUUUUAGCUGUAUCCCUCAGCCUCUUCAUUUCUUUGGCUGCUGAGUCCCUGCCAGCCUUGAAGUGGUGGAGUCUUCUCUGUGUUACUGUGAAUGCAUUAAUACUGUUUACCAUUUUUCUGAUCAUUUGGAGACAACCGCAGAGUACAACCAAAGCUGCUUUCAUGGUUCCAUUUGUUCCUGCACUCCCCAUUUUCAGCACCUUUGUCAAUGUCUAUCUUAUGGUCCAGCUCGGAUCAGACACAUGGAUCCGUUAUGUUGUGUGGAUGGCAGUAGGUUUAAUCAUCUACUUCUGUUAUGGGGUUCGGCACAGUGUGCAGAAACAAAGACUUCAACGAUCAUGCAAUCAAGUCAAUAUUCAUAACAUCACCUUAAACAGGGAGCAAAAUUUGGACCCUGGACAAGAUUUUAAUGGAUAAA